AAAAAUCAACAUGUCAAGCAAAAAAGCAAAGACAAAGACCACCAAGAAGCGCCCUCAACGUGCCACUUCCAAUGUAUUUGCCAUGUUUGAUCAGUCACAGAUUCAAGAAUUCAAGGAGGCCUUCAACAUGAUUGACCAGAACAGGGAUGGCUUCAUUGACAAAGAGGACUUGCAUGACAUGCUCGCCUCCCUUGGAAAGAAUCCAACAGAUGAAUACCUAGAUGCCAUGAUGAAUGAGGCUCCAGGACCCAUAAACUUCACAAUGUUCCUCACAAUGUUUGGUGAGAAGUUAAAUGGCACAGACCCAGAAGACGUAAUCAGGAAUGCUUUUGCUUGUUUUGAUGAGGAAGCAACAGGGUUCAUCCAAGAAGACUACCUGCGGGAGCUGCUGACCACAAUGGGAGACAGGUUCACAGAUGAGGAGGUAGAUGAGCUGUACAGAGAGGCACCCAUCGACAAAAAGGGAAAUUUCAACUACAUUGAAUUCACACGCAUCCUGAAGCAUGGAGCAAAAGACAAGGAUGAUUGAGCAACUAUCUGGAUACCUGCAGAUAGCUUUUUUCCCCCCAUUAAUUCAUUAAUUUUAUUUCUCAGGCUUUUUUUUUUUUUUUCUUAUUGGGACCUUUUACAUACAUUUUUAGCAUUCCAGCUUUUUCUUUGUGGAAUCUGGGGCUGCUCAAGCACACCUGUGCCUUUGUAAGAAGAGUGGAAAUGGACAGGAGAGAGGACAGCUUGCAGUGAUAGAGGUUGAGGGACAAAGAUCAGUGAAUGUGGAGGCCCAGGAAAAAAUGGCAGUUCUACUCACCCUAGCUAG